AUGCGAGGUUUUCGGAGCGAUGCCAUGGCCGCGGUUUCCGUCACGAACGACCUGCAAGCAGCCAUGGAAGUCAAAUUUCGGAGUGAGGAGUGGAAGGUGGUGUAUCCCAAGAUGUCCUGCUCUGUGGAAGCUUCGGAGGCCUUGAUCCAGGUUCGGCUGCGCGAAAGCCCGGAGGUGACGGGCAGCUGCAAUGCUUCAGGAGGCGCAUCCUUGCAAGUUUCCGUGGACUUCGGAGCUUUUUCACAACGGUGCAAAGGCCGCGACCGAGCCGAGGCACGAGAGCUGGCCCGUGAAGGAAAGAGAAGAGAAGAAGCCCAGCAGCGGACGAAUGCUAUGAUCCAUGAAGCCGCUACCAAGAUACGGAAUCAAGAAGCAUGGUAUGUAGUUAGACGAAUCGGAAUUGUUUCAGGCCUCCCAUUAGCCCUCAUCCUUCUUUGCGUGGCCAUCCCACCCGAGAGCGCCGUUGCAGCCGCACUGCUGGCCAGUGCCACCGUGCCUCUGUGCUGCUGUAUCAGCCUUCUGGGCGUUUAUGCUGGAAAAGAUGAAGACACCGAUUUCCGACUUGGAAAGUAUCGAUUCUGCACGCGUGUUGGCCUUCGGCUAGUGGGUCUCCUCGCUCUGCUGGCCUUCUCCGCCAUGACGGCCCAACAUGCCCUGGAAGGAUACUGGUGGACCGCCACUAUCAUUUGGCCUGUGGGAUGUUGUGGGAUCUUUUGUUUCUGGGAUGGCUACACCAAUUCAAUGGACUUGGGCGCUGGGCAGCAGCAAAUCAAGGAUCUUGAGCUGAGAGCAGCCGAAACCAACGUCAGCAACCGAACGAUCCGAUUCGAAGGCUCGGUGAUCAGCUGGCCGCGCGGCCGCCCUUGCGUGGCCAGCUGGCCGGGGAAGUACGCAGGGGCCUGGGAGUCACUGGUCUCCCAGAGCCGCGACGGCCAGGUGAGUGCCGCGGUCGUCUUCCUCCCGGAGGGCACGGACGACUUUGGCAAGUGCGACAGCAUCCCUGAAGAUGAGGGCUUGCCCGGCAGCUGCUGGUGCACACCGCUCUACGGGGAGCGGAAGCCGUGGGGCUGCAGGUGGUUUACCAAAUGGAAGGAAAACAUCGAGGUCGCAGUCGCAAGCGGUGCACAGCUGGAGGUCUACUUCUUUCAAGGCCAGGUGGGCCACGGCAAAGUGGAGAGCUUCGAAUCUGCAGGCGAGGGCAACUUGCGGAGAGAGAAGGUGAACCAAAAGCAGAAAGAGUUCGAGCAGUCUCCACAAUUCCAGCAAGCGCUGGAGGCAGGCCUCGGCAAUCUCUCCCAGGAGCCGCGUGGCGACGGAUCCUCCCAGUAUAGCCGAGAAGUGCGACGUUUGUUCCUGGCCUCCCUCCCAGAAGCAGAGCGCGAGUUUAUCACGGUUUCAGAAGGCUUGGGCAACUCCCAAAAAGCCGAAGUGGCUUGGCUGGAAAAGCAGGGCUACCAGUACUGGGCCGUGGACGUCGCCACCUGGCUCCCCGGAGAAGGAGUCGAGUUUUGCGUCCCAAGUUCUUCGAAGCCACAAGCGUGUGGUCCACAGGAUGACUGCCCUUCAGUUUGUGUUCCCAUCGAUCCGGCUUGCUAG